GAGAAAGAAACUGUCUUUUGUGUUUUAGAUUAUCAUAUAGGACCCAUUUUUCGUCUCUAGUGGAACAAUUCGUUGCAUGUGACGGCUUUGUUCUAGAUUAUAGGCGACCCAAACACCUCCAAUGUGCUGUAAAUGUUUCUGGAUGGUCGACCAAGAUUGGUUAAGGGUGUUUGACAGUUCUUCGAUUGUUUGACAUGAAUUUGCUUCCACUUCUGCCCUUGGUAUGCCAUUGUGUAAUGUCGUUGAUCUUCCUGAUAGAUAAGUGUCAGAAAGAUCAAAAUUACCGGAGCUUUACUUGAAAAACCAUCAGUGGUAUUUACUAACGUAUAAUGAACUAGAAUAAAUAUCGCUUAAUUUCUUAGAUCAGUGUAUUUAAUUAACAAGAACACCUCCCUUUAUAAUUUUAUUCAAUAUAUACAGUGUUGGUAUUUUCCUCCUACUUAAUAUUAUUAAGCUGAAAGGUUAAGUUUUUUCAACACAUUUCUUCAUAUACCAAUAAUAGUUUGUAAUUCCCAACGCAUCAGUAAACACGCCGAGGAGAAGAUGCUUUACCAAAUCAUUGUUGUGUUUAUGUUAAUCCACAUCCUGGCCGCAGACGAUGGGAAACACAGUUUUAUUGCCCAAGAAAUGAAGAUCUGCGAAAAUCAAAAAAAUGCAAUACUCUGCCCGACGAACAUGAUCAUCAAAAUUGUGUCGGCCGUUUACGGGAAGUCCGGCCCCGAUGAGAUCUGCGGCAGCAAAGCAAAUGUGCAGUGCUUCGCUGCGGAGGCCCUUCCUAUAGUAUUCGAAAUAUGCGACGGAAAGAACAGAUGCGAGUUGGAGGCCAGCAACAAAAUUUUCGGUGACCCCUGCGAAGGCAUACCGAAGCACUUGAGGGUGUCUUACACCUGCCAAUUUUUAUUUUGCAGUUUUAUGGUUAGACCAGAGAUUUAAGUCAGAUAAGGAAAAUUUUUGAAUUCGUCAAUAAACUAUAUGCAUUUUUA